GGCGCCCCGCCGGGUCCGGGGCUGUGUGUGGCGCGGGCAGCCCGUCGGUGCGGGAGUGACGUUACACCUGCGGGGAUCGGGUGUGUUCUUUGCUUCUCUUGCAGAGCUGUUGCGCAGCCAUUGGUACCUGUAUUGGGGACACAUAGCAUACAAGCAAGAAGCUUGCAGCCUCAGUGGCGAAAAUUUUUUCAUGUCAGAGACCGAGAACUCUUGCAGUCGUUUAUGUCAUCCCUUCUUCUCCAGACAGAAGAUACCAAAAAGUUGCAAUCAAAGAUCUCUUCAUCUUAUUGAUAAAGCCACUAAUAAGCCAAAAUGUCUGUCAACGUCAACCGCAGCGUGUCAGACCAGUUCUAUCGCUACAAGAUGCCCCGUCUGAUUGCCAAGGUUGAGGGCAAAGGAAAUGGAAUCAAGACAGUUAUAGUCAACAUGGUUGACGUUGCAAAGGCGCUUAAUCGGCCUCCAACGUAUCCCACCAAAUAUUUUGGUUGUGAGCUGGGAGCACAGACCCAGUUUGAUGUUAAGAAUGACCGUUACAUUGUCAAUGGAUCUCAUGAGGCGAAUAAGCUGCAAGACAUGUUGGAUGGAUUCAUUAAAAAAUUUGUUCUCUGUCCUGAGUGUGAGAAUCCUGAAACAGAUCUGCAUGUCAAUCCGAAGAAGCAAACAAUAGGCAAUUCUUGUAAAGCCUGUGGCUAUCGAGGCAUGCUUGACACACAUCAUAAACUCUGCACGUUCAUUCUCAAAAACCCACCUGAGAAUAGUGACAGUGCUACAGGGAAGAAAGAAAAGGAAAAGAAGAACAGGAAGGGCAAAGACAAGGAGAAUGGCUCCGUAUCCAGCAGUGAAACACCACCGCCGCCGCCGCCAAAUGAAAUCAGUCCUCCUCCACAUGCUGUGGAGGAGGAGGAGGAUGACGACUGGGGAGAGGACACAACUGAGGAAGCUCAGAGGCGCAGAAUGGACGAGAUCAGUGACCAUGCGAAAGUCCUGACGCUCAGUGACGACCUGGAGAGGACUGUGGAGGAGCGCGUCAACAUCCUGUUUGAUUUUGUUAAGAAAAAGAAAGAAGAAGGUGUCAUUGACUCAUCUGACAAGGAAAUCGUCGCUGAGGCAGAAAGGCUGGACGUGAAAGCCAUGGGCCCUCUUGUUCUGACUGAAGUUCUCUUUAAUGAGAAGAUCAGGGAACAAAUUAAGAAAUACAGGCGCCAUUUUCUAAGAUUUUGUCACAACAACAAAAAAGCUCAGCGGUACCUUCUUCAUGGUUUGGAGUGUGUGGUAGCAAUGCAUCAGGCUCAGCUCAUCUCCAAGAUUCCACACAUCUUGAAGGAGAUGUACGAUGCAGACCUUUUAGAAGAAGAAGUCAUCAUCAGCUGGUCGGAAAAGGCUUCUAAGAAAUACGUCUCAAAAGAACUUGCCAAAGAGAUUCGUGUCAAAGCAGAGCCAUUUAUUAAAUGGUUGAAGGAGGCAGAGGAGGAGUCUUCUGGUGGUGAAGAAGAUGAUGAAGAUGAGAACAUUGAGGUGGUGUAUUCGAAGACUGCCAGUGUACCGAAAGUUGAAACUGUGAAGUCUGACAACAAGGAUGACGACAUUGAUAUUGAUGCCAUUUAAAGGGCCGGAUGCAACCUAGCUUAACAGUGUAAUGCUGCAACUUUUUCUCCAUUAUCAGCCAGAAGUGCAACAUGUAUGUGCAAAAGCUAAAAUAGCUUAACAUCAUGCUACACUUUAUACUCAGAAAAUCUAUUACUGUGAGUGAUCUGUAUUUAAGCCCAGUGAGACAUCUAGGGAGUCCAUACACAUCAGUGAGCAGAUAGAGUUUGCUUAUUUUAUAGCAUGUUUCUUUUUGAAAAACUAGUGAUGGACACAUUUGGAUCACAUUUAUACAGUUAACAAAAAUAAAGAUUUGAUUUUGGUCAUUCUUAAGAUUUUUGGCUCUGAAUGACUUUGGCUGAAGUAAUUGGCUCCUUUUAUAAUGUACCAUCAUUUAACCUGAUAGGAUUCUUGGAGCCUGUGAUACGUUGUUAGGUGCUGAGACCAUAAUGAGGUCUUCAGAGUGUGUGUGUAUUUGUAAUGACUUUAUUCAGCCACUAAGAAAUACAGUACUUGGAAAGUUUUACCUCUGGUCCCAUGGAUUGGUGUUUGGUAAUGCACGUUUAGGCCAAGGUAGACUGCUGAUCAAAUGACAGCGCAACAUCUGAGGAGCAGACGUGACCUGAGUGUCCUGUAAACGUUGAUUAAGAGCAGGUUUUGAAACUUGAAGUUUUGUUUUUCCAGUUUGUGUACAAUUUCCCCAAAUUUGUAGUCUUUGAAGUCGUGUGCAUUGCACGUUGGAUGAGCCAGGGAAAUGACUACUACAUUAACAAGCAAGCAUUGUAUGUGUGUGUAGUGGUUGCUUUGUACUAAGAGAACACAAAUUCUGAGGUGUGAUUACAUAGUCAGCUGAUUUUAUUUGGGGGAAACAGGUAAAGGUGCACUUAAUCUCUAGCAGAAACUGAGCAUAGUUUUUAGCUUUUACCAUUAUGGUUUAAAUUAUAACUUCCGAAUGCUUAGACAUACUGUAUAUUUCGUUCAGUGUGAUUUUUCCCUGAAUACUAAGGUUGUUCUUGAAUGCCUUUUCCACUUGAACCACAUAGCUUACGUACGCUUUCUAGAUUUUGGUUGCUAGCUUGCCAAAAUAAGUGUUACUGUGUUUCAAACUUGAUUUUUGUUUUUCUGUCUUAUUUUAAAAAUAAGGUUAAAAGCAUAUUUCUAAGUCGAAGCCUCUAUUUUGGUGUAAGACUUGGGAUAUUUUUUACUUCACAUUGAAUCUAGGCAGACACCCGAGAGGUCUGUGACGCUGGCUCUGAGUGCGGGUGACUGGGGCCUCUGCCGGCCCUGCAGGGCUUCGGGUUUGGACCUGUGAGAGAAUUCCUUGCCCAGUAGUUAGCUAAUGUAAACUCACUUGAUCCGAGUUCUGACUAUAUUUGAGUAAUCAUCUUCAAGAUGGAAAAUUGUUGUGUUUAUUCCUUUCUGCAAGAAGUGCACUGUGGGAACUGGGAGUCCGUAUGGUUAAGCUUGUUUGGAGGAUUUUCACAGCGUUUCCUUAUUUCCUUGUGACCCAUCUCACAGAUUAUGAGACUUUAACAAAUGUAUGUAAAAAUUUUUUCACAUUGAAAUUAUACAAACAUUUGAUAAAAUAAAACCUUGUUAGCUUGAUAUUUUAAGGAACUGAAACCUAGCAAUCUUAUUUGAGAGAGUUUAUUUACAACUGCCUUUGGUAGAUUCUGAUGAGAGUGGAACAGGAGCCAUAUACCUGGAUGGAAUGUGCUGUGUCACACCAAAGAGGGGAGUUUUGCAAACGCAUAUGUCGCCUAGGUUUCAAAUUUUGCUGUAUGGCCAGUUUGCUUUCAUCAACUGAAAUACCCAUAGGAGAUCCUGGUGACCUAAGUUGUACUCAACAGUGUCAAGCUAAUGAGGUUCUGUUAUAGAGCUUUUUACUUUUAACCUGAAGGAAAAUAUGUUUAGGGCUUCUCAACACUAAAGAGAAAAUUUUGGCUUGGACUAAUGUUCAGUCUGGUGCCAAGUUUCCAGUGGAAUUCCAGUUCACGUAAUCUGUUGAAUUUUAUUCAUGGAGGGUAUCCUAAUAGAGUGAUCCUUCACUGCUCUAUUGAACUGUCUUAAGAUUUCCUGUUCCAAACAGCUACGUUACUUGAUUAAAACAAUUAAAAUUA